AUCAUUGAAAAUAAAACCCUAAAAAACUAAACAAAAGAACGUUGUGAGGUUGGUGACCAUGGGCGGAGCCACCACCAGAAUUCCGAUGAGCCACCGUGUGCUGUCACCAAAUCACAAUUACACCACCGGUGAUCACCACCCACAUGAUCAACCGGCGAUGCAAUUAUCCGGUUCGAUCUUCGGGUUUCUCGAAGAGGAACCAACCGUCUUAUCGUCUCUGGAAAACGUGUAUUACGAUGUUCAACACGAAAUCGAAGACGACGAGAAGACGGAAAACCCCGAAGUUAUCGAGAACAAGAUUCAAUUUUGGGAAACCCAACGUCAAAAUUUACAUACAACGUUAUUCAGAACAACGAGUUUAGAAUCGAGAAUCCGAAGUAUAACGAAAGAAGUAAUCAGGGAAGUCGAGAUGGUCGAGAAUGUAUGUUUUUGCACCCGGCCGGUCUCGAGCGGUUGCCGGAGUUGCCGGAUGAGUGAAAUUUGUCGCCGGCUGCAAAAUUCCGGUUACAAUUCGGCCAUUUGCAAGUCCAAAUGGAGGAGCUCGUUGGAUAUUCCAUCUGCAGGAGAACACACGUUUGUGGACGUGAUCGACCACUCCGAUCGUAAAAAAGGCGAUGUGAGAGUGAUAAUCGAGCUGGAAUUAAAGGGUCAGUUUGAGAUGAAAAAAGGAAGCGAGGAGUACAACCUCCUCGUGAGUAAACUACCUGACGUAUUUGUUGGGAAAAUCGAGAGACUGGAAACCAUCAUUAAAAUACUGAGCACGGCCGCAAAGAAAUGCAUGGCGGAAAAGAAAAUGCAUCUGGGACCGUGGAGAAAGCAACAAUACAUGCAAGCAAAGUGGCUCAGAGUCAUUGAACGGAACACCUCCACGACUCUGGUCGAGCCGUUGGCGGUAGACAGUUACUCUACUCGACCGGCUAGGGUCAGAGCAUCAAUGUUGACCAUGGAUCUUCUUGACAACUUGCCAAAUAUGAAUUAUUUUUAUGCCCAAACAGUUAAAGUUGUUUAAAAAUAUUUUGUACUAAUAAAUAUAUGUCGGUUACAAAUUUAAUUUUUGAC